UUGGUUACAAACUCGAAAAAGGAAGCAAAGCUUUCUUUUGUCGACGAGUAUGUCAGUGGAAGGACAAUUUUUUCUCUCUGUUAUCGGCUCUAUCGAGCAUGCAGAGUUCUACGAGGUCAAUAACGUUUAUUGCAAGUACAGUUUUCAUUUUGGACCUGACUGGAGCGUCGUUGCGGGAAUCGAAGAAGGGCUGACGCAAAUGUGCAAAUGCAGCAACGAGCCUAGAAAUCUCGCCGUAUGGAACUUUCCAUUGGACAUUACGUUUAAGAGUACAAAUCCACAUGGAUGGCCACAGCUUAUCAUGUCGAUUUACGGCUUGGAUUUUUUCGGUCGCGACGUCAUUAGGGGAUACGGAGUGUGUCAUUUACCUCUGAAAACUGGAUAUCAUGAGAAAAGAUAUUUGUUUUAUGUCUUGUGACCAAGACGAAUUAUAGCUAAUAAUGAAGAAUGUCAUAGAUACUCGAUCGUAAUUCCGGAAUCGUCAUCCAUGCUGCAGCAUUUCAUGGAAUGGUUAACCGGCAGAAGACCGGAAUUAAUUGAUCCCACUAUACUUGCGUCCGGCGGCGGCAGAGAACUCACACGCAUGAGGGUCGAGGGAGUUGUUACCGUAACGUUCAACGUCAUUUUGAAGGAUUUGUACAAACUGGGUUACGACAACGGUGAAAAAUGGAAGAAAUGAUAACGCCACAUAAACUCUCUCAAUCUGAAGAGGACUACCUUGCCAAGGGACUAUCUUGUCAAAAAGUUACGAUGUAUAAUUUCGUUUUAUAAAUAAUAUUUUGUUGAAUA